AUGGCUUUGGAAAGGGAAUUAGCUCAGAAUGUCCUAUACUGUAAGGAUAUUAUGGAUCUUAUUCAAGAGGCUGGUUUAAUGAAGACUGUGACUCAAUUUUCAAAGUGCUAUGAGAUGUUGGUAAAGGAAUUUAUUGUUAAUUUGUCUGAAGAAUGUGUUGAUGGCAAGUCUAAGGAAUUCAGGAAAGUGUAUGUGAGAGGCAAGUGUGUAAAUUUCUCUCCUUUAGUGAUCAACAAGUAUUUGGGAAGGCCUGAUGAAGCUCAACCUGAGCUUGAGGUGACUGACAACAAAAUCUGUCAAGUUAUCACUGCUAAUCAGGUAAGGAAGUGGCCUCUCAAAGGAAAAUUGGUGGCAAGUAAACUGAGUGUCAAGUAUGCAAUGAUGCACAAGAUUGGAGCUGCUAACUGGGUGCCCACCAAUCAUAAAUCUACAGUUGCUGUAAUGCUUGGAAAGUUUAUAUAUGUUGUUGGAACCAAAGCCAAAUUUGACUAUGGCUCCUAUAUUUUUGAUCAAACUUUAAAGCAUGCAGGAAGCUUCAGUGUGAAGGGUCCUAUAGCCUUUCCUUCUCUCAUCUGUGGUAUUGUUUUGAAUCAGUUUCCAAACAUCUUAACUGAGAAUGAUUAUGUGAAGAAAAGAGACAUCCAUAUGUCUUUCAAUCAUAAGUUGUUCCUAGGUACCCAUGUCCCUGACAUUGUCAUGACAUCAGGUGAGACAUCACGUGUAAGCAAUCAGCCAGGUAAAGCUGCUGUCAUUGCAAUGCUCAAAGAAACCUGUAGGGAAUUAGAGGCAAGGAAGCUGAACUUGGAAAAAUUGAUUAGCUCUUUGGAGAUGACUGAAGGUGAUGUGCUAGCUGAUGGUGGUGAAUUUGGUGAAGCUGCUGCUGUUGCAGAAGAAGCUGAAAGACAAGGUGAAGAGGGAGAAGCAGAUGCCAGUCCUGAUGAUGGCACAGAUGAUGAUGCUGACUCUGAGUCAGAUGACUAG